CAACCAAUGACGUUUGGUUUCUAUGUAUAGUUUAUUGAGUCAAGCUGUAUUUACCAGAUAAACUAAAUAAAGCUCAGUGAUAAAUCAGGAAGCAAAGUGUUAAACUUGGCAAGUUGAAAAAACUGGUGAAAUAAACUAUUGUUAUUUUUAUCUGGAUAUUAUUUUCGUGAAAAGUUUAUGAAUCAGAGGUCGUGGUGAAAGUCAGAAUGGAUGGACGUACCAGAAGAAGAACACCAAAUGAUAAUGGGCAUGAUCAACAAAGAAGUGAAUAUGAGGACAGAUCUGAAUCCAAAAAGCCCCGCCUCAGAAACGGAGAAACAGAAAGUCAAGGCAGAUGGUCAUCAGGUAAUGUGGAACAUUUCCUUGCAUUUGAACCAACAGAAAUACCGAAAUGGCGACUAGAAACGAGGACCACAGACGCACCAACUAUUUCUGAGAUGCUAAAAGAUAUAGUUAUUUACAAGGGAACCUAUGAGCGACUAAAGGGAACUUCAACAGAAGCUAAAAGGAAGAAAAUUCACAGAUGGUUACUUGUUAGAUUUUUAUGCACUAUACAGAAAGAAGAAGGUAUUGGAGUACAAGAAGAAACUUUGACGGAAUCAAUUAUGGAAGAUAUUGAUAAAGAAAUAAAUGGUGCCAUGUCGACACGUGUUGAACAGCUGCUUCAAAAUAAAUCUGAAUUGUUGUAUCAAAGACAUAAUUCACUUGAACUACCAAGUUUAGAUUUUGACGAAAUUGGUAAUAUGCAUGACAAAAUACAGGAAACGGGUAAAACGCCAACCAAAAGUGCGAAGGAGACCAUUAAUUUGUACCGUGCCUACAAGCAUAUAAAAGAUGAGCUUAAAAAAUCAAUGGAUGAUAUGGCUGAAGCCAAUACUCCAAAGAAAGAAAUAGAUUUUUUUUCUGUAAAGCAUGAUAGUAAAGGCUUCAUAGAAGUUGAGUCUUUGAUUAAGCACACACAUCGCAUUCUGAUGGAAGACAUUAUGCAUGAAGGUACACCUCCCGGUAAUUUUAGUACGUACCCAAGAACAGCUGAAUUUAACGGGAAAACACACGAAUACCCUAAAUUUGAAAAUGUAGCUGUAGCUGAACAAGCUAUCCAGACUUUAGUUGAUAAAGUGAAUGAAAUAAUUGAAAGUAUAAGACAGAGAAAAAUGUUUCAGAUGAAGAAAAAGCAAAACUGUAUUUUAAAUGUUCAAGUCUGUUUCUGUUUUGUUUUCUUUCAUUACAUCCAUUUGGAGAUGGAAACGGAAGACUCGCCCGUCUACUUUCCAGCUACAAUUUACUAACAUUUUCUCCUUUCUUAACACCUAUUUACAAUGUUUUCAGCGCGACAAGAAAAUGUGACUACGUCCAGGCAUUGGUGGAUGCAGAACAAGGCCUUGGUGAAGCACGGCAUAUCACCGUGAAAGAUGAAGCUAUAAACAUGAGUAUUUCUGCAAUGGAACAAAAACCAUCUGACCUUUGUUCGAUGCUGAUAGAGUCAAACUGGACAGUAUGGAGACAGUUGUUAGUCAAAUUGGGAGACAAAACCAUAAAGCUUUACCAAUGGGAAAUUGAAAAUCAAAACCUUUA